CUUCUUCCUUUUCCCGUCAAAAAUAACACAGCGCCCCCGUCUGCAUCGCCCAGUAUAGACGUGACAGUGGCCGCCAGAGCUUGAUGCCUUAUUAAAUCCUUUGUCCCCCAAAAUGGACACCAUCAACCCACCCACGCCACCAUCGCGAAACAUCGUGGUGGAGGCGCCAGCGGCAGAGAGUGGGACAGCGGCGGUGGAGACCACGAGCACCUCGGUGGAAAUGGAGAUGGACGUGGGCGCAGCAGCUCCAGAGGGCACAGACGCUGUAGAGCUGUUACUCAAUAUCUCCCAUGCCGUCGAUUCGUCAACGCGGAGCGAGAUGGUGGCCCAGGAAGGUGCAGAGACGUUGCUAGAGGCUGUGCAAGGGCUGUCGCCAGAGCAAGAACUUGUGCCAGACACAGCAGACCCCGAACCAUUAUCAGCACAUGAACCCGAACCUGAACCUGAACCGAAACGCAAGCGCAAAAAACAUCCCACGCAUUACCUUGGUGAAGAUAACACUAUUAUUCGCUGUAUAUGUGGGUUUACAGAAGACGACGGGUUCACGAUUCAAUGUGAAGGGUGUGGUGCAUGGGAGCACGGCAUGUGUUUUGGCUUCAACGACGUUGACUCAGCACCUGAUCAGUACUUGUGCGAGUUGUGUGACCCGAGACCCGUGGACAAGGAAGGUGCUAGGCGUAUACAGUUGAGGAUGAUUGAGCAGCAGCGGUUAGCGAGAGAAGCCGGUGCGAGAAUACCAGGUCCGGGAGAGAAGCCUAGAAGCAAGGGCGGUAAAAGGCGAAAAGAGCAAUCCAAUUCUGUGCCAGAAGAGGGCGGUGGCGAAAUGGGCCCUCCAGCCAAGCCUCGAAGAGGGCGUCAACAAUCCAACAAAUCUCGAACCAAGGCGCCAAUGGAGGCUUCUUCACCCGCUAUCGGAGACGACUACUUCAAGAUCGACCCCUGGGCUAUGGAAUAUACACCGAUUGAGCAAAAUAUUCCACGAGGCUUGCCCGUGAGACGGGUCUUGAGACAGUUGUACGAGGAGUGGAUCGAAUCAUUGCCAGAGCAGGAAAAGGAGAGAGAAGAUAAUACGGCAGCUUCGCAUCUCCCCUCACCUACAGAAACAGGUCUACUUCGUCUGUCUCCUGAUGCCAUUUUCCCACCACCAAAUUAUUCUCCCCUGGCGCCUCCACUUCCCCCAGUAUUCCUCACUGCUCCUUCUCUUUCCUCCCUCACUCCAUCUCUCAUCAUAAAACCUGUACCCUCUCCAUCUUCCUCAUCAGGCUUCACCACCUCAUUCUUACCCCCUACCUACCGCGAUCAUCUCACAAUGCGAGCCAUCUACACCCGUCCUACCGUCUAUGGCGUCUUCACCUCCGAAUCCUUCGAAACAGGUACUUUCCUUGGUGAAUACCUUGGCGAAUUGGUCGACCCCGCGACAUACAGACAGGAUCCAAUCAAUCAAUAUACGUUGCUCGGCGUGCCGAAACCGCAUGUGCAUGCUCUAGGCCCGCCGAUAAAUUUAAUGAUUGAUGCGAGAAAUUAUGGGUCACCGUUGAGAUUUGUGAGAAACGGAUGUCAUCCAAAUGCCGUCAUCCGCCCCAUUGUCUGGAGAACGCCUUCCUCUUCUUCAUCCUCCUCAUCGUCAUCAUCCGAGGGCUCACCAAAAAUUGCUUUCGGCCUCUUCACUUCCCGACCUAUCCCACCCCGAGGAGAAAUUAUCCUUGGUUGGGAAUGGGACGACCAGCACCUUGUCCACUCCCUUCCUCUUAUUCAUCCGACAUCCUCUCCUUCAACUGGUGCUGUGACUUACCCCAACUGGCAAAAGAAUUUAUCAAGAGGACAAGCGGAAGAAUUAGGGUGGAGAUAUGAAAGGUUGUUGGGAUGUUUGUGGGGGGUGUUUGCUGGAUGUGGGUGUGCAUCCGGUGGGGCUGGUGGGAAGGCGGAAAAUAAAGGCCCGGGAAGCUGUGCGCUGGAGCAAAUGAUGGAGUUUUGGCGAGUCACCACUGGAAGGUCGAAUUUGAAACCCCAACCCCCUCGAGUCGUUACGGAGACAGAGGCCGAAGGAGAAGGAGAGCCCGAACUCGAUCAAGAUGGGGAAAGGGAAGAUAGAGAGAAGGAACGGGAUAUGGCAUAUUUGGGUCCGUUGGUGGGCAGUGUCAGAGGAUGGAGAAAUAGGGAGUUGGAAGUGGAAAGUGUGAAGCAGUGGAUGGGAACGGGUGCGUUACCGUUGUUGUCCUCGGUGGAUAUGGAUAUGGAGUUGAGACGGAAUAGUGUUGCGAGUGGGAAGGAAAAGAAGAAGAAGCCGGCGGAGGAAGAGCGCAGAGUUAGUAUAGACUCGCAGGCGACGCAGGAGCAAGAGGAGAUUGGAGAAGAGGAAGAGCAUGAAAAGGGAAAGAUGGACGUUGAUCAAUUAACAGAACCUGCGCCAUCACCGUCCCCUUCACCACCUACCCCUCCGCUAAAUCGACGUCAGCUCUCCGCAUCAAAGCCCCAAGCGCAUCCAACAGUUGGAGAUCGACCGCCUACACCACCACAUCUACCACCUUCCUCAUCCCUCUCCCCACCUCCUCGCCGUUCCUCUUUUGGCACGACUGUACCGCAUUCGGAGCCAAUUACAGAGGUGUCUGAACCAGAGAGUGAGAAGCGACCGCAUACAGAGGAGGGCAGAGAAGAUGAUGGCUCAGAAGAUGAUUCUGCAGACGUAGAAGAGGGUAUGGACGUGCAUCAGAGGGAAGAUGGACUAGAAGAGGAUGAAGGUGCUUUGAGUGAUGCGACGACAGUCACGCUGCCGAGAAGCGGGCGGUCUCCGUCUCUUUCCUCGUUAGGCUCAACCGACGGUUCUGACGAUUCGUCAUUGUCUGAUACACAGAACGUCAGCCGAGAAAGUGAGGAUGAGGGUGAUGACGAAGAUGAGCGUGUGGUGAUUAACGCCAGCAAAAUGAAGAAGAAGGUCGUUCCCUCAUCUCCUCCGCUACCUCCAUCGAAGUCUAAACCCAAUCAGCCGAAACUCCAAUCCCAGGUCCCAGGACCCAAAUCCAAAGACAGGGUUAAGCCGUUGGUCAAAGACAGGGAGAAAAACAAGGUUCAAUCGAAAUCCGGAAAACCGUUUUCUAGUCCCAACAAUGGCCAUCAGGUCAAGGCAAAAGCGAAAAGGGGUGAUUUAUCGCAAGCUCAAUCAUCACGUCAACGGCCAGAUUCAUCUUCAUCUUCCAUCAAAGAUCGAGAAAAGUUGGGCAAAAAGCCUGUUCCGGUAGGCAUUGGAGCAGGGUUGAAGGGUAGUAAGAAGCGAGCGAAGCGGAUUGUGUCCAGUUCUGAGACGGAAGAAGAUGAAGUGAGAGUGAAGAAGAAGUUGAAGGAAAAGGAGAAGGAAAAGAAAAGCGAGCAGAAGCCGAGUUUACCAUCUGUUGUUGCUGUUAAUUCAGAUGGUCCUGCGCCCAAAGAGGCUACUCCACCGCCUAAACCACCUCUUCCACUGACACCACCCCCGCUAUUGACUUUUUUGUCUGUCAAAGAACCCACUCCUCCUGCCCCCGUCCCCGAACCAGUACCGAAGGAGCCUACUCCUCCACCCCCAGAACCGCCGAAGAAGGUAUCGUUAUCAGAGUAUUUGAAGACGCACAAGUUUAGGAAGGAGAGUCAGACGCCGUCCCCGGCGGCAAAUACGGGGGCAAGCGGGAAUGGUGGUGCUGCAGGAUCGACUGCAGUAGGUGCAGGCAUUCCAGGGCUCGGCGGCUAUCUUCCUCCUAAACCGCCUUCUACGUCAGCGGAGGCUCCUAAAUCAGAACAUGUUGAGCAUGAGAAUAGGGAGGAGAGCAAUCCUCCCAAUUCUUUUGUGCCUACCAACACUUCAGCUACUGUUGCGACUUCCGCUUCAACAUCAGGACUGAACCUGUUUGAGCAUUUGCCCUCGUCCCGCGGCUCUGCUUCUGGGUCAGCCUUGGGUUUAGGUCCCGAAGGUAAUUCUGGGUUAGAUCUUGUCAACGCUUCCGGUCCUUUAUCGGCUGUUGAGCCGACCCCUGCUCCCGUGUCAGCAACCAAAAAUUCGGACGACAAUGAUCCCUUGUCAUCGUCCGCGAUCGCUACAGCCCUUUCGCUUGCCAGCGCUAUCACGUCUGCCACAUCUCGCGGACAAAAUGUGAAUCAUGAGGCCAGCAUCGGGGCAACAAGACCCGUCAUGCAGUCCAGUACGAGUACGAGCUACGUCCCUCGACAAUCACAACCUCAAGUGCAGUCUACUCCGUCAUCAGCGACCAUAUCUCUGCCUAUGCCUACCUCGGCCUCGAAAGACCAUUUUGUUCAUCCUUUGCCUUCGACCCCGUCUAUUCCCCCUCCUGCUACUCCAAACAAUGCUGUUAGUGCUGCCGCCAGAGUGUCCUCUUCCUAUAUCCCUCGACAAGUCUCUUCCUCAUCUAUGACCUCUGCGGGAGGCGUAGAAGAACCGCACUCGCCUCACAGAGGUUUUACGGGAUUGUAUGGGAGGCGAGAAAGAGAGAGGUCGCCGAUAAGAGGAGAUUUCAGAGACAGAGAUAGAGAAAGAGACAGGGACUGGGAUAGAGAUCGCGAUCGUGAUCGCCGCCCUCUCAGUCAUAACCACCGCGACCUUCCCGAACGGCCAAGCACAAGUACCAGUACCAGUACCAGUAUCCCACCACCCCUCGCUGCACGAGACCUUCCACCACAUACAUCUUCUACACUUCCUGGAACUCCCAGCGGGUUAGCGAAGACGACAGGAUUAGGUCUCGGUUUGCCGAGAGCGCCGCCAACGGGACCUAAAGUACCUCCUACCGGGCCAAGGGCGUUUAGUGGUUCGGGAGCACCAGGAGCAGGGGUGGAGACGGCUGCGAAUACGCCAACAGCUGGUGGGCUUGGUGGUGUAGGCGCUGGUCUGGGAUUGUCAAGAGGAAGGGGUUUCCGUGGGUUUGCGCCGAGGGGUGUAUGGAGAGGUAGAGGGUUUCGAGGACGUGGGAGAGGUGGAUAAGUUUGUCAGAUGUCUUUCGUCCAGUAGCUGGAACCGCAUAUCACAUGAUGAAGAAAGAGUGCCAGUUAAGGAGAGAAGAGAGGAUUGGGGAGUUCGUUUUUUGUCUAGCUUUUUAGUUCAGAGUCCAUCCAGUGUAGUGCAGCGGACAUUUCAAGACUGGGAUUAGGUAAUUUAUAUUUACCAUGUAUG